AUGAUUACAAAAAUUAUUGAUCAAAGUCCAAUUUCUAGAGAUGCUUAUAGAAAGAAAAAAAUUAAUGGAGAGAUGAGUCAACAAAUUCCUAUUUCAAUUUUAAAUAUUACAGACAUAUCUCUUAUAUUUAUAGCUACAAAUAAGUCAUUCCAUAUUAAUGAUCUGGAAAUUGAAGAAGAGAUACUAAAAUAUAUCAGCAAGACAGGCUAUUAA